AUGCCAAAACGAUCAGUUACUAAAAUCAUACCAAUGUAUGAAAGUAUCUACGAUUUACCAGUUGUCAUGGUUUGUAUGAAAGGAGAGAAAAUCUCCGAUGAAGCUUUUAUUAAUCAUUUGUAUUUUCAUUCGAGUGUCUUUUAUCCAACCGUUAAUGAUUGUACCAAAACCAUCAACACAAUCAUGCACGAACUUGAAAAUGUUAUAGCAAUUAAUGAUGAUUUUAUUAUUGAUGAAAUUCCAAAUCCUAUGGAUUUAAAAGAAAAGCUCCAACUCUCAAGAAAAGCAAAUAGAUUAGCUAUUUAUUCAUUAAAGACAAUGAUUAUGAUGGAAUCAAAGAUGUUUAAUGCUUUGUUUCAAAAGAAACCAUCUAUGAAUCAAUUAAACAAGGCUCACAAAUUCCAAAAUGUAAUUCAUUUGGAAAUUGAUGAAGAAGAUGUUUCCGAAAAUGAAAUGACCAUUUGGAAAAAUAAAGAAUAA